AUGUCAUAUCAAACUUAUCCUUACCAACAACAACCUAGCGCAGGGGGAGGAGGGGGUUACUAUGUUCAACCUCCUCAUGAUCCAUUCCGAGCCUAUUAUGCAGAUCGAUUGAGACAACUUACGUUCAAUUCACGUCCUAUCAUUCAAGAUCUAUCGAUGAUGGCUGGAGCACAACGUGAUCAGAAUAAUUGGGAUGGGAUGAAUGCGAUUGUACAAGAGAUCGAAGAGGCUACACUUAGGGCAUUACCAACUCAGAAAUUACCAUUAUUAUAUCUCAUUGACUCGAUUUCAAAAAACAUCGGAGCACCAUAUACGACUCAUCUCUUACCGCCAAUCAUACCGCGACUUUACCUACGGACCUAUCGCGAGGUGGACGGAGUGACCAAAGCGAAGAUGGAGGAGAUGAUCAACCUAUGGAGAACUGGUGGACCCAAUAGGACGGAAUUAUAUGGUUCGGGAGUAAGGGAGCAGAUCGAGAGGGACAUAUUUGGAACUUCAUAUAAUCAUACCAACGGUAUGAAUAUGAAUGGUUUACCUAAUUUACCUAGUUUGCCGACGGUACAACAAGUUAAGAACGCUGUUCAAGGUGCGUUAGAUAAGAAACAGCGAGAGGCAGCUUCGAAGGCUUGGGAUAUGGCUACGGGACAACAAGUAAAUGCUUUAACAGGUAUAUUAAAUUUAUUAAAUUCUACAAAUGUACCUCCUCAGGAAUUAGCUCAGAUAAUGGAUCAAGUCAAAAGUAUGAAUGGUCAACCACAAUCUCAACCUCCCCAACCACAACCACAACCUCAACAAGUUUUCACUCCGAUGAACCAACCUGUUACGCCCAACUGGGGUGUUCCACCACCUCAACAAGCCAUUCCACCAUUCCCCCCUCAUUCAAGUAGAAUACCACCACCGCCCGCUGCGGGGAGACCACCAUUCGUACCUAGACCAACGCCUACACCCCCUCAGGCGAGUCUAAAUACUCCUUUACACAUGGCCGGAUCGACUACACCUAUUCCAAUAUCCAAUCCAGUAGUACCGCUUCCUGUCCAACUGCCAACAAUGGCCAACUUACCUAUCGACGUCAGCAAAAUCCUAAACAGCUUGAAUCAAUCUGGUGUGGUAGGUCAAUCGAAGACUCCCGAACCUCAAGCUCAACCCUCCACUCCUACUUUAUCGCAAGGUGUACAACAGAAGCAGCAGCAGCAGCAGAAGCAGCAGAAAUCGAGUUUGGAGGAAUAUGAAGAUAUGAUCAUUGGUUUAGGAGUAUCACUAAGAUCAAUUGAUCUUAAUGCCCCUCAUAUCCUCUCUCUUGAACAUCUACCCCAACGAUGUAAACAAUGUGGCAUGCGAUUUGCCAGUGACGAUAAUGCGAAAUUCCAAUCUCAUAUGGAUUGGCAUUUCAGAAGGAAUAGGAAAGAACGUGAAUCCGCUGGGAGAGGUUCUCGGAGACGUUGGUUACCAAGAGCAGAAGAAUGGAUAAAUGAUACCUACUCCUCUUCAUCGGCUGAAGCUGGACCAUCUACCAAUCCCAUGUUGAACUCGCCUGGUAAAUCCGCUUCGACAACCAUGACAAUCUCAGCAGAGAGGUUACAGCAAUUAAGAGAGAAAUGGAUCAAAGUACCUUCAUCUAAUGCAAAGGCCAACUCGGUCUGUCCGGUAUGUAAAGAAUCGUUUGUGAAAGAGUGGUCGCAGGAUGAAGAAGAGUGGAUAUGGAAGAAUGCUCUGAAUAUCAAUGGAACCAUAUACCAUGCGACGUGUCGAGCCGAACAAUUAUCAGCGAUGAGAAGAUUGAAAGGUUCCGAUCCGAAUAAACGAAGUACGAGUGGAAGUCCUAGACUUACACCUCAACCUUCUGAGCAGGUAAAAGCUGAAACUACCAAUACCACGACGUCCUCACCUCAGAUGAACGUUAAGAGAAAGGCAGAAGAAGAAGGAGAAGCGGGAGGACAGAAAGGUGAUGAUGAAAAGAUGAAUGAUGCUGUGGGCUCAGAGAAUAAGAGAAUAAAAGUUGAACAGGAACAAGAACAAACAACCGGAUCGGUUGCUCAAUCGCAACCAAAUCGACUUGGGGAUAAUGUUACUCCAGUGACAGUAUUGAGUGAUAUACCGAAAGUGCAAGUCAAGGAAGUAGAAGUGGGAGUGAAGGUUGAACAGGAAGAGGAGAAAGAAAAGAUGGAUGAUCAACUAGCGAGUAAUUUGGAGAAUAGUGGAAUAGUGUGA